AUGAAAUAUCGGAGAAGAUUAAGAUUGAUACAGAUUUUGCAAAGUCCUUGUGGGUAGCGGUGUGCGCUUCCCCCACUCCAAUCACCAAACCAGAGAUCAUCAACCACCAUAACUCGAGUGGUUUCAAUUACGACAAACGAAGUUGGCAGCUUCAGGCCCCGGGCUGUCCGCUUCGUUACCAGCGAGGCCCAAAUCAUCCUCAAGUAUAGAUUGCAAAUUCUUGGAUGUUCUUAUCCACCAAGAUGACAAACUGGAACUCUCGACGCUUCCUCGGACGGAGCAUUAUGGCGGUCCUCCCGCCGUUCAACUUCCUCACGCUUCAUUAUGCCUACUUUAUUGCGACGCCCUUGAUCUGCAGUGCCAUUUUCUGGGGGUCCUCCACUCCUGCGCGCAGUGUUACCUAUGUCGACGCUCUGUUCAUGUGCGUCAGUGCUAUGACUGGCGCUGGUCUGAAUACUGUGGACCUAUCUACCCUGAACUCAUUCCAGCAAUCUCUCCUCUUUGCGCUUCUCCUGCUAGGGCAUGCAAUUCUCAUCUCUAUCACAGUGCUCUUUGUGCGGAAGAAUGCCUUCCAAUCCAAAUUCAAACAUAUUGUGGACGAGCGUAAAAGGAGAAGCGCUUCAUCGACUGAGAAUUCAAGCCGAAUAGCUCACUUGGACCCUAUUGCAGAGAAUGGAGACACAGAGCAUCAGCGGUCGUUCAAAUCGGGUGAAUCUGCUCAUGACGGAUCCAAAAUCAUGGUGGCAACUCGAGCUGCACCUGCGGACGCGAAUGCAUCGUCAUCAGAGGAGGACCAGAUUCAGUGGGUUGAUGAUGAUCAGGUCACCCUUGGUCAUUUGAACCACCGCCAACAGCAUCACCAUCAUCACGUGUUCCCCAUGGUUGGUGUCGGGGCUCGGUUGGAUUUGAACAAUCACCCCAGAGAUGCCGUCCCACGGUUGCCGCAGAGAGAAGAGAAACGAGAAGAAGAGAAUCUGCCUGCGCUUAAAGGCAUUCUCAAGGGAACGCAGAAAUACUUUGCGUCCAAGGGCCUCAUUUCGCGGAAUUCCCAAUUCCAUGGUCUCACUCCCGAAGAGCGAGAGAAACUUGGAGGCGUUGAGUACCGAGCAGUGUCUUUUUUGCUGGUCAUUGUUACCCUGUACUGGGUGAUGUUUGUUGUGUGCGGGAUAGUUGGGAUGGGCACAUGGAUCGCUGUGAACCAUCCCGAAAAGGCCCGAGAGAACGGCCUGUCGCCUUUCUGGACAGGCGCCUUUUUCGCAGUGUCUGCGUUUGUUAACAGCGGCAUGUCACUUUUGGAUGCCAAUAUGGUUGCCCUACAGAGAAGCGCGUUUUCUUUGCUUACCAUGAGCUUCCUGAUUUUGGCUGGAAACACUCUGUACCCGUGCUUCCUGCGUUUCAUUAUUUGGGCAGUCAAAUGUUUGCUGCCAAAGUCACCCUCAUGGGCUACAUGGAGGAUUACUCUCGACUUCAUUCUAGAUCACCCCCGAAGAGUGUAUACAAAUCUCUUCCCGAAGCGUCACACAUGGUUCCUCAUGGGUACCAUUAUCAUCCUGAACGCUAUCGAUUGGGCUGGUUUUGAGGUUCUUUCCAUCGGGAACAAGGAGAUUGAGAGCCUGCCCACAGUCUACCGGGUUCUCGAUGGCCUAUUUCAAGCCUCUGCUGUCCGUGCCGGAGGCUUCUAUGUUGUGACUAUAGCCGAUCUCCGUCAAGGAUUGCUAGUUUUAUAUGUUCUCAUGAUGUAUGUAUCGGCAUACCCCGUGCUGCUCACAAUGAGGACCACGAAUGUCUACGAAGAACGGUCCCUAGGCAUCUACGCCCACGACGCCGCAGACAGCGAACAAGGAUCUCGGCCCUCGCCGAAUCUUCUGAUCCAGCUCAUUAGACACCGCAUGCUCGGCCGCCGGGACGGGUCUACCCCCGAAGCGUCCCGAAGCUACUUCGUCCACCAGCAGCUGCGCUCCCAGCUGAGCCACGACCUCUGGUGGAUCGCUCUCGCCGUUUUUCUGAUCAGCAUCGCGGAAUCAGACCACUUCUCAAAGCAACCCGUCGCUUUCGCGACCUUCAACAUCAUCUUCGAGACCGUCUCGGCCUACGGUUGCGUCGGCGUCAGUGUCGGCUACCCCGGCUCGAACGCCUCCUUCUGCGGCGCCUGGCACCCCAUCAGCAAGCUGAUCUUGGCGGCUGUCACUCUGCGAGGCCGUCACCGCGGCCUUCCCGUUGCUAUCGAUCGAGCGGUCAUGCUGCCGAACGAGUCGCUGGAGUGGGCGGAAGAGGAGGACGCUGCUCUGAGACGGGAGCAGUCGCGUGCGUGGGGCGUGGAGAAGAUGCCGGUUGGGUCGGUUUAGAACUCAGGGAGAGGUAUAGGUGACGUGAGUAUAGGAGGCGGUCGUUUGCAGCGUCGUCGGAUUU